CCGAUUCCCUAACCGCAGUUGUGUGACCGCGUUCGGCGGGUGAGCACGGAUAGUAAGACAGUGACUCCGCUGUCAUUUGGCCGGAAAAGCUAAAAACCGUUCGAAAGCCACUAGAUUUGUGUGCCCCAGUGCCGCAAAUAGUUAUACAGUUCGUAAAUUAGUCGCGACUGGUGACAGUGCCCAGUAAUUCCCGAUAAGGGCAAGUGUGUUCCGCGUGAAAAGUGAGUCCGCGGCAAAGUGAAACCAUGAGGAGGUGUCACAACACCCCGUUCGCAAUUGUCAUUGCUCCGAUCUUGAUUUGUGCUUCUUUGGUCUUGGCCCAAGAUUUUGGCUACGAGGGCAGACAUGGACCCGAGCACUGGAGCGAGGAUUACGCACGCUGCAGUGGAAAGCACCAGAGUCCCAUAAACAUCGACCAGGUCAGCGCCGUGGAGAAGAAGUUUCCCAGGCUGGAGUUCUUCAAUUUCAAAGUGGUGCCCGACAAUCUUCAAAUGACGAACAAUGGCCAUACGGUGCUGGUGAAGAUGAGCUACAACGAGGACGAGAUCCCAAGUGUGCGCGGUGGUCCUUUGGCGGAGAAAACUCCGCUGGGCUACCAGUUCGAGCAGUUCCACUUUCACUGGGGCGAGAACGAUACGAUUGGCAGUGAGGAUUUGAUCAACAAUCGUGCCUAUCCCGCCGAGUUGCACGUGGUAUUGCGGAAUCUAGAGUAUCCGGACUUUGCCAGCGCCCUGGACAAGGAUCAUGGCAUCGCCGUGAUGGCCUUCUUCUUUGAGGUGGGCGACAAAUCAACUGGUGGCUACGAGGGCUUCACCAACUUGCUCUCGCAGAUUGACCGCAAAGGCAAGAGCGUUAACAUGACCAAUCCACUGCCACUGGGCGAGUACAUCUCGAGGUCCGUGGAAAGCUACUUUAGCUACACUGGUUCUCUGACCACACCACCUUGCAGCGAGGAGGUCACCUGGAUUGACUUCACAACGCCCAUUGACAUUACGGAGAAGCAGUUGAAUGCCUUCCGUCUGCUGACCGCCAAUGAUGAUCAUCUGAAGAACAAUUUCCGACCCAUCCAGCCGCUGAACGAUCGCACCUUGUACAAGAACUACAUAGAAAUUCCGAUUCACAACAUGGGCUCGAUUCCACUAGUCAAUGCGGAAAAUGCGGCUGGCAAGUGGAGGGCACAAGCCGCAGCAGUGCUGUUGUCCCUCGUUGUCCUCGCUGCAUUGUCAAGGACCUUCAUUUUCCGGGGUUUUUAAUUAGAGUUGUGCGGUGGUAAAUCGAAGGUUAAAUCGUUAAAUGCCUACCUGGCGCUUAGGCGCCCAAUUAAGCGCUGUAAUUUACAUUUUCCGCUCUUGUUCGCCGUCGCUGUUUGUUGUUCAAACACGAGUCCCGGUAAUUUCCUUCGGCAAGGACUCAAGUGCCGUCAGGACAUCCAUUCAUACCCACACACACACAUAUAUUUAUAUAUAUAUGGUAUAUGGGCAAACAAACAGGCGGACGGUGGGCGAAAUUAUUAAACCCCAAGUGGGCGGAGCUUCGGCUGGCACGGAACCCUUACUCAUCAAUUAUGCAGCACCUCGCACAGCGACUGUCAACCGAAUCGUACCCCGUAUCCGUAUCCGUACCCGUUCCCGCUCCCGUACCAGUAUCCGUAUCCGUAUCCCCGUAUUCCCCCAUCCGUCCAAAGAGGCCCGCCAGUGCGAGGGGAGGGAACCCCCUGGUCGUCCUCGCUAUUGCACAUUGUGAUUUUAAAUGCUUGGCACAAGCAGAGCUUUUUAUUCGUGUACCUUAGAUUUAAGUUUUGUAAACAUAAAACCGUAAUAAAUUUUAUUGUUUAAAUCA